AUGGAGAUCAGAUUAGCCAAAGAUGGAGAGAAAAGACGAGAGAGAUUGAUUGUCGAAUGCUAUGUUGAUUAUUUGGACAUCAUCUUGUACUUGUUGUCGUGCUUUGGUUUGUUAUGGUGCGGUUUGAUAUUUUGGCAUAAUGAUCAUAUGAAUAUUCCCUGUUCUGUUGACAACUUAGCCCCAGAGUUAAUGCUCGGUCGAUCUUUCGCUUAUGGCAUAUGUUAG